AUGGAUGAAAAUGAAACAUCUUUUCUGCUUUCCCGUGGAAUACAAGUUUUAAGUCUUAUUAGUAAUAAUGGCUACAGUCAAAUCUUUACCGCUUCCUCAGAUAGAUAUCCUAAUGGUAUUGCUUUGAAAAGAAUCAUUGCCACCAAAGUUAAUUUCGAUGUUUUACAAAGACUCAACACAAUGGAUGAUUCAAAAAUUGUAACUGUACAUGAAUUUAUUAGAUUUAAUCAAUUUGUUUUUAUUGUCAUGGAAUACUGCAGAUAUGAUAUUGAAAAAUUCAUUAGAAACGGACUCAAAGUUGAAACUACAGAUCUUUCUAGAUACAUAAAACUAACUAUUGAAGCUGUGAUAUCUUGUCACAUCUUUAGUAUCUUUGGUCUGAAUAUUAAACCAUCAAAUUUCUUGAUUGAUCAAUUCGGACGCCUUAAAAUAUCAGAUUUCUAUUAUUUACCCGAAAUCCGCACUCACUACAACUCUCAGACAAUUACACAAAUCAACAGAUAUUCUGCCCCUGAAAUUCUUCAUCGUAUAGAGAUGGGCAAUGAAAAGUCAGAUGUUUGGUCACUUGGAGCAACAAUAUAUUAUAUGGCAACUGGUAAAUCCCCAUUCAAUAAUCAAGAUAGCUUAGAAUUAAUAAAUACAAUAAAUAGAGCGGAUUAUGAUAAAGACCAAAUAUUUGAUCCUUUCCUAAAAGAAGUUAUAUCAUAUUGCUUGCAACCAAAUCCCUUAAAUCGGAAGAUGCUUUCUGAACUCCUCAAUUGUGACUAUUUUAAGCAGGCUGACAAGUCAUUAACUGCCUGUUCUUCCUUCUCUAAGAAUUCUUUCGUUAUACCAAAUCUUAAGUCUAUUAUCAUCGCAAAGCCACCUUGCCGCACAAUUUUGCAUUCUAAGCUAAGGAUCAAGUCACACAGUGUUGCUCCAUCAAGAAUGCCUCACGGACAUCUUCCUUCAAUCAUUGCAAAGUGA